AUGAACCAUGGAGAGUUGCCGAUAGAGGCAGUAAAGGGGGAAAUAUUAGAAAAGAUAAGAGAAAAUCAGUUUGUAAUAAUAGAAGGCUCAACGGGGAGCGGAAAAUCGACCACAGUCCCAAUCCUGGUGUACAAGGAGUACCUGAAAGAUGGAGAAAAGGUGGUAGUAACACAGCCACGAAGAGUGGCAGCAAUUUCACUGUGCAGAUACGUGUCAAAGCUGAUGAAAUCAGAAGUGGGAGGCACAGUAGGAUUCAGCGUGCGAUUCAUGAACAAGACCAGCGACAGGACGAGAAUAAAGUACGUAACGGACGGAAUCCUCAUGAGAGAAGCGACAACAGAUCCUACCUUGAGCAAAUACUCAGUAAUAGUGGUCGACGAGGUCCACGAGAGGUCGAUCAGGUCAGACAUACUGCUGGGAAUAAUCAAGCUGGCGUUGCCGAAAAGGCCGGACCUGAAGCUGAUAAUAAUGUCAGCAACAAUAGAAUCAAGCAUAUUUUCAGAUUUUUUCACAAAUUCAGCAGUAAUUAAAGUGCCAGGAAAGCACUUCCCAGUGGAAAUAUACUACACACCGAAGCCAUUUGAAGACUACAUAGAGGCAGCCAUGAUAGCAGUGUUUAAAAUAAACCUAACAACACGGCAGGGAGACAUACUGGUGUUUCUGCCAGGCCAGGAGGACAUAGAGCUGCUGGAGAAGCUCAUAAAGGAGAAGAUAUCGCAGCUCCAGGAAUCGAUGGGCCCAGUGAAGAAGAGUAGAAGGCUCUACGUUAAGUUUGGAGAUAACAAGUAUAAAAUGAACUUGUGGAAGGCACUGGAUAUAGUGCCGCUGUACUCGGCACUGUCAAUAGAUAAGCAGUACCUGGUCUUCAAGAAAACAACUCAGAACUCAAGAAAGGUAGUGCUGGCAACGAACAUCGCAGAAACGUCGCUGACGAUACCGGGAAUCACGUACGUGGUGGACACGGGACUGGUGAAGCAGAGGAAGUAUAACGCGAAGCACAACCUGGAGUCCCUGACGCUGACGAUAACAUCGAAGGCGUCAGCGAAGCAGAGAGCAGGAAGGGCAGGAAGAGAGGGUCCAGGAAGGAUAUACAGGCUGUAUACACGGGACUCGUACGAAGAAAUGCCGCAGUUCACGACGCCGGAAAUACACCUGGUAGACUUCUCGUUCAUAUUCUUGGAGCUGAAGAUGAUUGGAGUUAAGGAUAUCCUGGAGUUCCCAUUCAUGGACCCGCCGGAAAAGAACACAAUUUUAUCAGCAGCAUUAAACCUGUAUAGACUAGGAGCACUGGAUUCCGAAGGGAGUUUGACGAAAACAGGGAAGCUGAUGGCGAGGAUACCACUGUUGCCUCUGCACUCGAAGCUGCUAAUCACGUCAUUCGAAUUCGGAUGCACCUCGGAGAUAUUAACGAUCGUGUCGAUGCUGUCCUCAGAAAUAUCGCUGUUUGACACAGAGAAGUACAACCCGGAAGGAGUGAAGCUACGGAGCAACUUGUACAACAAGCACGGAGACCACCUGACCCUCUUGAACCUCUACGACCUAUGGGAAAAUGCCAACUCGAGGGAGAAGUUCUCAAAGGAGUUCGCAAUAAACCACCACUCACUGCUGAGGGCGCUGGACAUCAGGAAUCAGCUGGUGUCGCUGGUGACGUCGGAGCCGUUUAACGUAAAAAACAUAACAAAGUGCAAGGACGCAUCGGAGUGGGAUCAGGUGAGAAUGUGCCUAGCAAAGGGAACCUGGACACACGCAGCAAGGUUCGCCCAGGACUCAAAGUCAUACAAAACACUGGUAGGGAACACGGUGAAUAACCAGACAGUGUAUAUACACCCAGCGUCAGUGAUGUUCAACAAAAGGCCACCACCAAGGUAUUUUAAAGUCAUUUUGACAAACGCGAUGUGUAGCCAUGUUGUAUUCAAUGAUUGCAUACUGACGAAGAAAAAUUACAUACAAAACAUAACGGAAAUAUCAGAACAGUGGUUAACAACAUAUGUGCCUAAUUGGUUCAAAGAAAAGUCAUAG